UAUGAAACCGAAACCGCACAGCAGCAUGAAUCCUGAAAGAGGUAAACAAAGUGUUUUGUUGAUUCGAAAAUUGCUCGCUGCUUUUACGUUGUGCAUUGCAUUGUGAAGUUAAUCUAUUUAUAUUGAAUCUGAAGAGUUAUACGAAGAAUUUUUCUUCUUCUACGAGACUGUUUAUUCUUGAGUAAUAGCUUAUAAUUUAGUGUUUUGCAUUCGAUUUGGACAUUUUGAGAAGAUGCCUUGUAGUAAAGCACCUGCAAUUGGUAUUGAUUUGGGAACCACCUAUUCCUGUGUGGGAGUUUUUCAGCAUGGAAAUGUUGAAAUCAUCGCAAAUGAUCAAGGAAAUCGUACAACUCCCAGUUAUGUUGCUUUCACUGAAACUGAAAGACUGAUCGGUGAUGGUGCAAAAGCUCAAGUGGCAAUGAAUCCUGAAAACACCAUCUUCGAUGCUAAGAGACUUGUUGGAAGAAAUUUUGAUGAUCCUAAAAUUCAACAGGACAUGAAGCACUGGCCUUUCAAAGUGGUCAACGAAUCUGGUAAGCCGAAAAUAAGUGCUGAGGUUAAAGGUGAGCGGAAAUUAUUUAAUCCAGAAGAAAUUAGUGCUAUGGUAUUGACCAAGAUGAAAGAAACCGCAGAGAUGUAUCUUGGUCAAAAAGUGACUGAUGCUGUUAUCACAGUGCCAGCUUAUUUCAACGAUUCCCAGAGACAAGCAACAAAAGAUGCUGGAAGAAUUGCUGGACUGAAUGUGUUGAGAAUAAUUAAUGAACCAACAGCUGCUGCCUUAGCAUAUGGAUUAGAUAAGAACUUGCGUGGCGAGAAAAAUAUCCUGAUCUUUGACUUAGGAGGUGGCACAUUUGAUGUUUCAAUUCUAACAAUUGACGAAGGUUCGCUUUUUGAAGUAAGAUCAACAGCUGGAGAUACUCAUCUUGGGGGAGAGGACUUUGACAAUAGACUGGUUAACCACUUUGUGGAAGAGUUUAAGCGCAAGCAUCGAAAAGAUGUGCGAAAUAAUUCAAGAGCUUUGAGAAGAUUAAGAACAGCCUGUGAAAGAGCAAAAAGAACUCUGUCAAGUAGUUCUGAAGCUAGCAUUGAAAUUGAUGCCCUGUUUGAGGGAAUUGACUUUUAUUCUAAAAUUUCCAGAGCCAGAUUCGAGGAACUUUGCAUGGACUUAUUCCGAUUGACCCUAGAACCAGUAGAAAGAGCCCUAAAAGAUGCCAAACUAGACAAAGGUUCCAUCCACGAUGUCGUCCUUGUUGGAGGUUCUACUCGCAUCCCUAAAAUCCAAAAGAUGUUGAGGGAUUUCUUCAAUGGAAAAGAUCUUUGCAUGUCUAUUAAUCCUGAUGAAGCAGUGGCCUAUGGUGCUGCAGUUCAAGCGGCUAUUUUAACUGGCAGCAAUGACGAAAAAAUCAGGGAUGUUUUGCUGGUGGAUGUAGCACCUCUAUCUCUUGGUAUCGAAACAGCAGGUGGAGUGAUGACUAAGAUCAUCGAGAGAAACUCUCGUAUUCCGUGCAAGACAUCACAAGUAUUUACAACUUAUUCUGACAACCAACCUGGCGUUGAUAUCCAAGUUUAUGAAGGAGAAAGAGCCAUGACUAAAGACAAUCAUCUUCUUGGACGUUUCCAGCUUUCCGGUAUUCCACCUGCACCAAGAGGUGUCCCACAGAUCGAAGUAACUUUUGACAUGGAUGCCAAUGGAAUUCUGAAUGUGUCCGCAUUAGAGAAAAGCACAGGAAAGUCACAAAGCAUCACGAUCACUAACGACAAGGGAAGAUUGUCCAAGGACGAGAUUGAGAAGAUGUUGAACGAAGCCAAACAAUACGAAAAAGAAGAUGCCGAGCAAAGGGAGAAAGUCGCAUCCAGGAAUGCCUUGGAAGGCUAUGUGUAUUCUGCGAAGCAGGCUGCUGACUCAGCUCCUGAAGACAAACUAUCUUCUAGUGACAAAGCUAAAGUGAAGCAAACUUGUGACUCUGUAAUUCAGUGGUUGGACAAUAAUACAUUAGCUGAUAAAGAUGAACUUGAACAUAAAAUGAAAGAAAUCCAAUCUGAAUUAUCGCCUUUAAUGACCAAAUUACAUCAAGGCGGUAAAUCAUGUUGUUCUGGAAAUGGACCUUGUUGUUCAGGACAAAAAUCGAAUACUUCUAGCACUGGUCCCACAAUUGAAGAAGUUGAUUAGACUAAUUUUUUGGUGAGUGUAUUUAAUAUGAUUUUGUUGACAUGCAUAUUUAUAUUUACUAAUUACAUUAAUACAUUGUAAAUAUAUACAACUCAUUUCCAGUGCUAGAAUUUUUAGCUUUGUAUGAGGUUUUAAUUUUCUUUUAUUUCAUUAUUGCUAUGUAAUAUUGUAUAUAAUCUAGUCUUUUUGCACUAUUUAUUUAAUUUAUAAAUACCAUUAUAAAUUUCAUGUGUUGGAUUCUGAAAAUGUGAAAUAUCAUUAUUUUUUGAUGUUUUAAUCAAGUGUUAAAAAAAAUGUGAUAUUUUUAAAUAAAAUUAUUUAAUGUUUU